CCAGAAAACCAUCUUUCUCCACCUUCCCAAAAAAUGCAUAAGUCUUUUGCCGUCCUCGCCUUCAUGGGAUGCCUCAUGGCCACCACCAUGUCGCAAGAAUUAUCAUUUUGCGGGUAUCGCUGUCCAGUGGGAUAUACUUUCAUGAAGAGCGACCAGCAAGCCCCGUCUUGCUUCAAUCCAAACAUGAACGUGUUUGUUUAUGCAGCGAUCGAUUCGUCAUAUAAUGGAGUUUAUUUAUGCGGAUAUCGCUGUACAGCAGGGUCCACUUUAAUGAAAAGUGUCGCAUCUUCAGCUGCUCCAGAUUGCUAUAAUCCGCAAACCGGCGUGUUCGUUGCUGCUGCCAAAUGAAUCGUGUCCAAUCCACACUGAACAUAGAUAUUUUAUUCGUUGAGCAAAUUAAAAAUUUCUUUCAUGACUUUUCAAAAUUAUUAUUAUUUGGUAUAAAUAAAUUUGGCAAUGAAAAUUUGCAAGUA